AUGGAAUUAUGGACGCCCCCGACCCCCCCGCCGCAGUCGAGCCCUUCCAGCCAGCGACCAGCAGUCGUCCCGGUCCUGCUGGUGGGUGCAGGGAACGGGGCUUCCAGAAUCGCCUUCCAGAACGUUGGUGGUAUGAACACGAGUGUUCCUGACUACCUGCUAGCAUGCGCCGACAGCCCGUACGAGAUAAUUGUGCUGACCGAAACCUGGCUUGACAACCGUACGUGCUCUCGGCAGAUAUUUGGGCCGAACUACGAAGUCUUUCGCUGUGAUCGAAGUGUGCUCAACAGCCGCAAAGCUACGGGAGGCGGAGUCUUGAUUGCGGUCCACCGCCAGUUGCAGACCUUCGUCAUCGAAAACGUCGAAUGGUUACCGGUCGAGCAAGAAUGGGUAAAUAUCAAACUUUCUGACCGUAGACUAUUCUUGUGUGCUAUCUACGUACCUCCUGACCGCAUCCGAGACCCGGUUAUUCUGAAUGCACAUAUUAAUUCAGUAUACCAAAUAGCAUCGAUGGCAUCUGCGUCGGAUGACAUUAUUAUUCUGGGCGAUUUCAAUCUACCAAGCAUUAAGUGGCGUGAACGCGGCAACGGGUACCUGUACGCUGACAUGGGUUCGUCAACUCUAUCGCCUAUCAAUAUUGAAUUGCUCGAUUGCUAUAGUACUGCAACCGUUCAACAAGUAAACGAUAUACCCAACGAAAAUGGGCGCCUCCUCGAUCUAUGCUUCGCCAGUGUUCGUAGUCAGGCCCCGGAAGUGACGAUGGCGCCUACCCCGCUUGUCAAGCAUGUUCUGCAUCAUCCAGGUCUGCUAAUUACUACAAGCCAACAAAUUAUCCGUGACAUAAAUAUUGCGCCUCCGGCCGUCUUCUACGACUACGCCCAUGCUGAUUUUGGGGAUAUUCUAAAUGUUUUAGGCAGCAUCAACUGGAGCACAGUUUUAGAUAAUGACGAUAUAAACACUGCUGCCACAACCUUCUCCAAUAUCCUGAACUACGUUAUCGAUCGUCACGUUCCCAAAAGAACUGCUCCCGCUCAGUACCAGAUACCCUGGCUAAACACUAUGUUGCGACGUCUCAAAUCCGAAAGGAAAGCGGCUCUAAAGAAAUUUACGAGGCACAGGACCCUAGCCCUCCGCAACCACUACCUGUCGAUUAAUAUAAGAUACAAACGCCUGAGUCGUUCCUGCUUUCGAAACUACCUGAGAAAUGUCGAGCGAAGAUUGAAGCGUAACCCCAAAUCCUUUUGGAAAUAUGUCAACGAGCAACGGAAAGAUGACGGUCUACCCUCGGUUAUGUUCCUGGGUGAUAAAACGGCAAGCAACUCUCAGCAAAUUUCUGAACUGUUCUCGAUGAAAUUCUCCAGUGUAUUUACUGAUGCAAGUUUGACGAUUGCAGAGAUAUCCACAGCGACCGAGUGUGUUCCUUUCCUGGGUCAUUCAUUGAACAACCUCACCAUCGACGAAGUGAUGGUUACAUCGGCCGCCGCGAAGUUGAAACUUUCUCGUGCCGUUGGACCGGACGGUAUACCACCUGUGUUCCUGAAAAAAUGCAUCCACGCUAUCGCUGCUCCAAUGAGUCAUCUUUUCAGCUUAUCCGUUAACUCAGGUGUCUUUCCCUCAGCAUGGAAAUCGGCCUACAUGUUCCCUAUGAUGAUCGCCCAGCUGAUAGUUGAGACGAGCUGGAAGCGUUCGAAAGAUCAGGAGGAGUCGCGUUCAGUGGGUUCAAGGAAUCCCUUAAUACUGUGGGCAUUGGACAGCUGGCACUCCACGCUGAGUGAGCGAUGUCAACAUGUCGCAUCGCAGAACAUUUGGUACUUUCGGGAAGGCGAUUUUCGGGGAAUUGGAACAUUCUGGAAAAUAGUUUUCGAGGAACUGCGACAUUUAGAAAAGUAUGUUUCGGAGAAUUGGUACAUUCCGGAAAAGAUCUUUCGGGGAAAUCAUACAUUCGGGAAAAUGGAGGAACUGUUACAUUCAGGGAAAUAUUUUUCGGGGAAUUGGUACAUUCGAGCUAAUAUCUCUCGGGAAAAUGAUCUUCGGUGA